GGACAGUAUCUGUGCUCUGUUCGCGCGCCUGCGCUUCGGCAAAAUGCUCGAGGAUAGCGGUGCUCUGCCUACGGCGACUCUAAUACUAUUCGUACUGAUACUGCUCUACUACUGGGGCACGAGAAAGCCGAAGGGAUAUCCUCCAGGCCCAAAAUGGUAUCCGGUGCUGGGCUCGGCUCUCGAGGUGGCGCGUCUGCGAAAGGAGACGGGCUACUUUUCGGAAGCGUGCAAUAUACUCAGUAAAAAGUACGGCUCGAUAAUCGGCCUCAAGAUCGGUAUCGACAGCAUCAUCAUACUCAACGACUACGAGAGUAUGAAGGCCAUGAUCAUGAACGAGAAUUGCGACGGACGGCCGAUCGGACCUGUUUAUGAUUCUCGCACUUUCGGCAAGAGACGAGGUCUCUUGGUGGUGGACGGUCAUCUGUGGGUGGAGCAGCGCCGUUUUAUCCUGCGACACCUGCGGGACUUCGGCUUCGGCCGCACGAACAUGGCCGUGCAGAUCGAAUUCGAGGCCACUCAGCUCGUCAACUACUACGAUCAGCUCAUCCGCGACAAGGCCAGCGAUGUCGCCUCCGACAAACCCUCCGUCAAUUCUAUUACAAACAAUAAUAAUUAUAACAACAACAAUAAUAUUGACACACACGUGACGAAGAGAAAGAACGGACAGAUAUAUCAGUUGGCGAACGAAGACGACGAUAUGGGCAAGAAAGAGCAGACGGUGCUCGAGGAGAGACCGGUGAAAAAGUCGCCGACAGCCGAGGAUUUUUACAUGAAGGUAGACGACGACCUGGAGAUCCGAGAAGCCGCGGCAAAGGUGCCAGGUGUAGUCGUAGAGAUGGAGGACUUCUUCGGGGUGCCGGUGCUCAAUACCCUCUGGUGCAUGAUGGCUGGCAAAAGAUAUAAUAUCGACGAUAAGGAGCUGAUUUACUUGCAAAAGAUCUUCACGACGCUGCUACGCGACGUUGACAUGGUCGGCUGUCUGUUCAAUCACUUUCCCUUUCUCAAGUACGUCGCGCCCGAGAUGUCCGGCUACAACAAAUUCAUGGAGACGCAUCAGCAGCUCUGGAAGUUUCUGAAGGACGAGUUGGAAAAUCACAAGAAGACUUUCGAUCCGGCCACUCCGCGAGACCUGAUGGACGUCUACCUACAAGCUUUGCAAUCGGAAAAUCACGAUGACACUUUUUCAGAGGCUCAGCUGCUCGCUAUCUGCGUGGACCUAUUCAUGGCCGGUUCGGAGACGUCGUCUAAAGCUCUAUGUUUUGGCUUUCUCUUUCUCGUGCUCAACCCGCAAGUGCAGAAGAAGGCCCAACAAGAGAUCGACUCGGUCAUAGGGCGCGAGAGGCUGCCGUCUUUGAACGACCGUCCGAGAUUGACGUACAUCAACGCGGUCGUUUUGGAGUCGCUGAGGAUGUUUAUGGGUCGGACAAUGAACAUACCGCAUCGCGCGCUCAAAGACACGUAUAUCAUGGGACACAAAAUACCUAAGGAUAGCAUGUUAGUGGUAAACUUUAACAGAAUUCUAAUGGGUGAAUUCUGGGUCGAUCCCGAGGAAUUCCGACCAGAGAGGUUCAUCGACGAGUCAGGAAAAUUAGUCAUGCCCGAUCAGUAUCUACCUUUCAGCUUCGGCAAGCAUCGUUGCAUGGGCGAGGUGCUGGCUAAGAGCAAUAUGUUCAUGAUAACGGCAGCGCUGCUGCAAAACUUCACGUUUUCACCAGUGCCAGGCGAAGAGCCACCGCGGAAUGAGUACACCGACGGUGUCACCGCCAGCCCCAAGCCCUUCCGCGUCCUUAUGACCAGGCGAACGUAGCGCCUUGAUUUUAAUUACUUGCUAGUGUUUUUAUUUUUGCUACCUUUUAUUCUCAUGUUAUAAAUGUACGUUAAACGUUGUCUGUUGUGUUUAUAUAAUACAUCAUAAACUUUAGCCAUUAGCUCUCUUGCUGUACUUUCUUAAUUUUCAUUUUGUAAUUUUUAGUUAAUGAUGAUAAAAACGUGGAUAUACAAUGUUUACGCGUAAUCAGUGUAUGUGUGUGAAAAUACAACGAAUUCGCUGCUGGGGUCUAGCAGAAAUUUUGGUUCAUCUAUAGAUGUGUUACAAUGCUUUGUAAAAGUGCACCCAGUUUUUAUUAUUACAAUAAAAACUUGCUAUUUUUGUACA